CUCCAAAUGGACACACAUGGCUAUUGAAAAAAGUGAAAAAGUGAAAAACCUUUAAGUUUAAAUUUUUAAGGAAAAUAAGUAGAUUUUGAAGUAAUAAACUUAAUAUAUGUGGAAAAUAUAUUUCAUAAAACUUGCUAAUGUGAAAUGUAUUCUAUAUAGUGGUUUAAAAGUUGUUUGCUGAUAAAUUAAUGACAUCUUAUGUGUAGAUUUAUAUUGCCUAUGUGAAAUGUGUGAAUAGUUAACUACUAAUAGCAUUAGCAUCUUUCGAAGACCAAAAAACUAGUCAAUAAUCAACACUUCACAAGUGUUGUUAAGAAAAGGAACAAAUUCGAAUAAAAGUUAACACAGAAACUCUUAGAAAAAAAACCUAAUUGAUAAAAAUAUCCUUUAUCAAAAUUUAAUCAACAUUUCAAAUUGUUAAGAGGAUGAUUUUCAAGUUGCAAUUUUGUUUCUAUAAGCAAUAAUUAGGAAUCCGAAAUCUAAAAUAAAAACCAAAGUAAUUGUGUAAUUGCAUCCAUAAAUUCGAUAGACACACACAUAUAUAACAAUGGCAACAAUUGAUGGAAGGCCAGCGAAGUAUCGCAUUUCCUUAAAAGAAUUGCGAGAACUUAUGGAACAUCGUGGCAGAGAAGGAAUCCAAAAAAUUCAAGAACAUGGUGGCGUUGAAGGCAUUAUGGACAAACUUUAUACUUCAGCUGAUAAAGGCUUAAGUGGAAAUGCUCAGGAUAUUGAGCAUAGGAGAGACACAUUUGGAUCCAAUAUUAUUCCUCCAAAACCGCCUAAAACUUUCUUUCAACUUGUAUGCGAAGCAGUUCAAGAUAUUACAUUAAUUAUUCUUAUUGUUGCUGCAGUUGUUUCGCUUGUUUUAUCAUUCUACAAACCUGAAGAUGAUAUAGAUGCUCCCGUUGUAGAAGAGGAUGAGCAUCACGGAUGGAUAGAAGGACUUGCUAUUUUAGUGUCGGUUAUCGUUGUUGUUAUUGUUACAGCAUUUAAUGAUUACUCAAAGGAACGUCAAUUUCGGGGUUUGCAAUCACGGAUUGAAGGAGAGCAUAAGUUUUCCGUUAUUCGAAAUGGUGAAGCCAUGCAAAUUUUGGUAGGAGAGAUUAUUGUUGGUGACAUAUGCCAAAUUAAAUACGGUGAUCUUCUACCAGCCGAUGGUAUUCUAAUACAAAGCAAUGAUUUAAAGGUGUGAGAUGUUGGGCCAAUAACCAGCAACAGUCAUGUAAGCCAACACGAUGGAAAUGGAGCUGGUAAUGAUUUGGAAGGAACUUAUGGGCAAUAUUACGAUAAAAAUAAUGCAACAACAGAGCGAAGUGGAAGUCCCACAAAAGAAGAAAUUGGAAGUAGUCAUAAAAAGGAAAAAAGUGUUUUGCAAGCAAAACUUACGAAAUUAGCUAUACAAAUUGGCUACGCUGGUUCGACCAUUGCAGUUUUGACAGUUGCGAUAUUAGUGAUUCAAUUUUGUAUAAAGAAAUUUGUCCUAGAACAUAACCCAUGGAAGAGUACUUAUUUCAAUGAUUUAGUUAAGCAUUUUAUUAUUGGUGUGACAGUUUUGGUUGUUGCUGUUCCUGAAGGUUUACCUUUAGCGGUGACAUUAUCUUUGGCUUACUCCGUUAAAAAGAUGAUGCGUGAUAACAACCUUGUUCGUCAUUUGGAUGCUUGUGAAACAAUGGGAAAUGCAACUGCUAUUUGUAGUGAUAAAACUGGGACAUUGACCACAAAUAGAAUGACUGUUGUUCAGUCCUACAUUUGUGAAAAAUUAAUGAAAGUUACACCAAAAUUUUCGGACUUACCUGCUGAAGUUGGAAUUAAAAUAGUAGAAGGAAUCGCUGUCAAUUCAGCUUACACUUCUCAGCUUCUGUCUGGACAGAACCCUCAAGAUUUAGCAACUCAAGUAGGAAACAAAACUGAGUGUGCGCUUCUUGGUUUCGUUGAAGGAUUGGGACGAAGUUAUCAUAAAAUUCGUGAGCGUAUUCCUGAAAAAGCAUUUGUUCGUGUGUACACGUUUAAUUCUGAUAGAAAAUCAAUGAGCACUGUUAUUAAUCUUCCUGAUCGUGGUUAUCGGUUAUUCACAAAAGGGGCUUCAGAAAUCAUUCUUAAGAAAUGUGCUUUUAUUUACGGACAUGAAGGACGUCUUGAGAAAUUCACUAGGGAUAUGCAAGAAAGAUUGUUGCAUCAAGUUAUUGAACCUAUGGCCUGUGAUGGACUAAGAACUAUAUCAAUUGCUUAUCGAGAUUUUGUUAGAGGAAAACCUGACAUUAAUCAAGUACAUUUAGGACCAAAUGACGAACCUAAUUGGGAAGAUGAAGCUAACUCUGUUAAUAAUUUGACGUGUCUUUGUGUUGUGGGUAUUGAAGAUCCUGUAAGACCUGAAGUACCAGAUGCAAUUAAAAAAUGUCAAAAAGCUGGAAUCACAGUUCGAAUGGUUACCGGAGACAAUGUUAAUACGGCUCGUUCAAUCGCAACAAAAUGUGGCAUUAUACGACCCCAAGACGAUUUCUUAAUACUUGAAGGAAAAGAAUUUAAUCGCAGAAUUCGUGAUAACAAUGGCGAUAUUCAACAACAUCUUUUGGACAAAGUUUGGCCUAAACUUAGAGUCUUAGCUCGUUCUUCUCCGACAGAUAAAUAUAAUUUAGUAAAAGGAAUCAUUGAUAGUAAAAUAAGUGACAGUCGAGAAGUAGUUGCUGUAACUGGCGAUGGAACCAAUGACGGUCCAGCCUUGAAAAAAGCUGAUGUAGGCUUUGCUAUGGGCAUUGCUGGAACUGAUGUGGCUAAAGAAGCUUCUGAUAUCAUACUUACCGAUGAUAAUUUCUCGUCAAUUGUUAAAGCAGUAAUGUGGGGAAGAAAUGUUUAUGACUCAAUCGCCAAAUUUUUACAGUUCCAAUUGACUGUAAACGUAGUAGCUGUCAUCGUAGCAUUUAUUGGAGCAUGCGCGGUAGAAGAUUCUCCUCUCAAAGCUGUUCAAAUGCUUUGGGUCAACUUAAUUAUGGACACUUUGGCAUCAUUAGCACUUGCGACUGAGCUUCCCACAGCAGAUUUGCUUUUACGUAAACCCUAUGGCCGUACUAAGCCUCUCAUAUCACGAACAAUGAUGAAAAAUAUUUUGGGUCAAGCAGUUUAUCAGCUCACUGUAAUUUUCGUACUGUUAUUUGCUGGACAUAGAUUUUUAGAUAUACCAGAUGGUCAUGGAGCACAAUUAAGGGCAGGGCCAAGCAUACAUUUCACCAUAAUUUUCAACACAUUUGUCCAGAUGACAAUAUUCAAUGAACUUAAUGCUAGAAAAAUUCAUGGACAAAGAAAUAUUUUCAAUGGAAUUUUCACGAAUCCAAUAUUCUAUUCCAUUUGGAUCAUUACCUGCAUAUCUCAGGUUGUAAUUAUUCAGUAUGGAAAAAUGGCAUUUUCAACAAAAGCUUUAACAUUGGAGCAAUGGGGAUGGUGCUUAUUUUUCGGAGUUGGUACCUUAUUGUGGGGCCAAUUAGUAACUACCAUACCUACAAGAAAAAUUCCAAAAAUACUUUCAUGGGGAAGAGGUCACCCUGAAGAAUAUACAGAAGCGAUCAAUUUAGGAGGUGAUGAUUCUCGUUAUGAUCCUUUAGAUGACAAAAAACCACGAGCUGGACAAAUAUUAUGGAUCCGCGGGCUUACAAGGCUUCAAACACAGCUACGUGUUAUUCGCGCAUUCAAGUCAACUUUGGAAGACAUUCAAGAUUUGGAAGACAGACGUUCAUUACACAGUUUGCGAAGUUUACGAAAUAAUCAAGUUGGAUUUCCACAUACCGUGUAUUAUUCUAUCCGUGUAGUUAAUGCUUUUCGACAGGGACUUGAUGCACGUUAUGGUGAACAUAAUACAACGUCUUUGGCAGAAGUUUUACGCAAACAAACAUCUUUGAGCAAACGCCUUUCACAAGCUUCUUCUAUUGAAUAUGCUGAUAAUAUUCCCGACGAAUUAUCUGUACCACAAAUUGACGUGGAACGUUUAUCAUCUCAUAGUCACACCGAAACAGCAGUUUAAUAUUUGCUAUCGAAAAAUCUUAGGAUAAAACAUAAUGUCCAUAUUAUAAGACUUAUUUAGAAUGACAUUUCUAAUAUCCCUUUAAAUAGAUUCAAUCUCUGGAUACCAAAAUUUAGCAUGCUUUGUCGAACGAAAGCAUUUGAAUACGGGAAAAAGAUAAACAAUACUUAUAAGAAAUUUAAAUAUAUAGAUACAUAUAUAAACAUUUUGCUUUUAUCCAAAAGAUACACGCAUACUUAUGUUAAAACAAAUUUGAAGAAAUAUGAGGGAAAAUAUAAUCUUUCUAAAUGAAUUCUUAAUCAUUAUUACUCCACUAGUGAAACCAAACAUAAAAUAAAUAUUUCAAACCGUCUCUUUACUUACACAUUUAAUAUAAAAAAAUCCCAUCUGAAACUGUUUUCUAAUUUUUAAUUGAAAAUCAUCUUACUAAGUACGUAUAUUAUUAGAAACUUAUCGAGUUUUAAAUAUAUUCUAGUCUCUAUAGCCUUCAUUAGAACUUUAAAGUAUCAUUAAGGAAAAUGUUAAUAUUGAAUUAUAAAAAAUAUCGGUAAUCGUUGGAAUGAUAUAUGUCGAUCAAGAACUAUGUUUAAGCUUGUGCAUAUUUUGACCGAAAUGAAUUUCAAAUGAAUUCUUGAUCAAAAAGUCGAUUUUGAUCAAAUUUUUUUUAGUGUACUAAAUUGUUGGAUUUGAAAUAUUUAUAACCCUUUAUUUCUCAAAAAUAUUAAUGUUGAAUCAAUAGAGAUCAAACAUAUAUACUAAUAAUACAAAUUCUAGCAAAAUUUUUAAAAUUUCUCAUGAUGCAAGUUCGAGUUGAUUGAAUUUUUAUUCGGAAUGAAAUUUCAAACAAAAAAUUCAUAUUUACAUUGAAUGUAUGUCUAGUACUUUCGCAAAUUAACUGGGUUGAAAAAUUUUCUUCCAUCUAAACGCGAAACUAUUAAACAUUAGAAAAUUUAAAAAAUUGUUGAUUAAGUUUUCGAUUAUGUUCUUUAGAAUACUUAUAAUUAUGAAAAUAUUUUUCGGAAAAAUUUUUCAUCUUGUUUUCUUAAAAGUUUACUACAUGCGUUUGAAAUGUUUCAUUCAUAAUCUAAGCAUAUGAAAUUCAAAAAAAGAAAAGGAGAUUAAUAAAGUUUGUUUACAGUUAAAAAUGAUAGA